UAAAAAUGAGAUUCAUUGAAAAUUAAUUACCAAAAGUAAAUGCCUUCCAUUUCCUCUUCUCCAAAAUCCCCUAAAUCCCUUCUAACCUUCUUCUCACCCCUCUUAUCCCUAUCCUUCCUCUCCAACCCCACUUGUAUUCCCUUAAAACCCCUCAAAUUCUGAACUUUGGCCCCACUCAUAGUUUAGGAAUGGUUUAUGAGUUAUAGUGGUUAUUUGGAACAUGAGAUUGGUUUCAUAUUAGAUCUAUAGACUAUUCAGAAUGGAUACUUUAAGUGAUCUCCCCUACUUGACAAGUGCAGUAGACAACUACAAAAAUGCGAUGAAGAAAGCAUCUAAAGAAUUCAAGAAGACAACAGUUUCAUAUCAGCUGAAAGAAUUCAAGACCUACCUAUACUCUCACAGCAUUAGCUCAAAGCAAAGCUUUGAGUUCUUCGGCCAGAGAAGCAAGUCCCUCAGCGAAGAACCCAUCCCACCUCGGGAUCAGCCCACAAAGCUACACUUGGGCAAGCUGAAUGAGCAACGGAGAACUUCUGUUACUGUUUGAGACCCAAUCAACAAUAUUGUAGAAAAAGAUACCGAGACCCAAAGAGAGAAAAUAAGAAAGCAUAUUUCCCUAUAUAAUCCUACGGGACGAAGCUCAGCUAACUUUCUUUCCAAGAAAUGAAGGAAGCUCAAGUUAAACCGAGAUAAAAGAGGUGAAUCAUUAGAUAUUUCAUAUAACCUAAAAGGAAGCAAUAAAAGGUACCUAAAAGAGAAGAUGGACGUCAAGCAAAAGAGCCUCAUGAAAGUUUAUUUCAGCAAUAAGUGUAAAAUAAGCAAGAGUCCUUCUGAGUCAAAGACACUAAAAUAAAUCAAAUUCCUUAGUUAAGCACUCUCAGUCUUCAAACGUCUCAGAUAAGUUCCUAGAGUCCACAUUCCAAGUUCCUAAGCCAAGAAUUGUCCACAAGCUGCCUAUUUUUACAAAUUGAACCCAAAACAAGACUAAUUUAAAAACACUCAAAGAGAAUUCGAAAUUCCCUAAAGUACAAAAAUUGGUGCUGAAGCCCAAUGAACUCAAGAAAUUGGAAGGACGCCUUGAUAUAACCCAAAAGAUCGACAAAGCUCUCACAAAAUCUAACUCAGGCAAGAAGAAGUUUACUAAGUCAAAGAGGAAACAGAGUGUUGAAGAAAAAUUUAAGGAAAUCAUGACAUCUGAUACAACCUCGAUUUCAACUUUCUUCACAGCCUGUAAUUCCAGUAGCCACAACACUUACUCUUUGACUCCUUCUGGUGUGGCCAAGAAGAAGGUAUCCUUUAACCUUCCUUGCCUAUAAGCUCUAUACCAUUACCUAUAAUUUAUAAGUAAAAUACUUAAGAUACCUCUAAAUUUU